ACUUUGGCAAAUGCUCCACUCGUUAGUUCUCUAAUCUUAUCUACAUUUUCUUCUGAACAAUCUAAACCGACCUGAACCCCCUUACUCGCAAGUCACCAACAUGGAGGAAGACAAAGGUUGCUUCCAUCUAGCUAGCUUCAUCGACCAAAAGGACCGUUUGAGAAUCUCAAGAGUCCCCGUGGUACAGGAAUUAGCACGCCAAGGACUCCAUUACUUGCCAGAUAAGUUCAUCAAACUGCGCCCCGACCAACCAACCACACCCUCUCUCGUCCAUGAGGUCAAUACCUUUCCAUCCAUCAAUAUGGCUAAGUUACGGCUGGGGUCCGAGCCCGAAGGUCGAGCCCACGAGCUAGCCAAGCUAGCCAGUGGUGCCCAAGAAUGGGGCAUGUUUUUAAUCACCGACCAUGGGAUGCCCGCUGAUGUUUUGUACGAUGUUAAGGAUGUUGUGAAGGAGUUCUUCGGCUUGUCUUUUGAAGAGAAGAAAGCGAGUGUUGGAUCUUAUGCGAAUGUCGACAACAUGGGUUAUGGCCGGAAUUUUGUCAAGUCGGAAGAUCAGCCGUUGGAUUGGAUUGAUCGGCUGACCAUGAAAGCAGCCCCGGAAGGAGCAACUGAGGGACUCCAUGUUUGGCCUCAGAAACCCAAUAAUUUCAGGCAAGCCAUAGAGAAAUACGUCAAAGAAUCAAGAAAGGUCUUCAACGACCUACUCGAAGCCCUUGCCGAAUCCUUUUCACUGGAAAGACAUGUUUUUGUGCAUUAUUUCCAUCAUAAAGAUAGUGAGGUUAAUGUGAGAGUGAACUACUACCCACCAUGUCCGAGGCCUGACCUUGCCCUGGGCAUCACCCCACACACGGAUGCAAGUGCUCUCACUCUCCUAAUGGAAUUUGACACCACCGGAGGACUCCAAGUGCUCAGGGACCGAAAGUGGGUUGCGGUGCCAUGGCCACGGGAUACAUUGCUGGUGAAUGUGGGAGACAUCCUAGAGAUAAUGAGCAAUGGAAGGUUGAAGAGCCCAUGGCACAGGGUUGUGACCCAAAUGGAUGCCGACCGAUUCUCGAUUGCUUUGUUCUACAAUCCACCCUCCCGGGCUGAGAUUGAGCCUGUAAGGAUCAAUGCAACCAUGGAGCAUGAGGUUUACAAGAAGGUGGCGCUUAGGGAUUAUUUGCAGCACUUUUAUAAGAUCAAUCCCACAUCUGAGAAACAAGCAAUCGACUUUGCCAAGGUUCAGUGAGUUUGAUGUUUUGAGGAGGAGAAAUUAUUUGAAACUCCAAAUAGGAAAUAGAAAAAGCCUCGGCAGCGUUGAAUUUUUUUGUGGGUUGAGGUGAGUUAUGUUAGUUUUGAUUCUUGCA